AUGAUGGAUGACUCUCCUUUACCAUUUAAUACAACUAAAGCUUAUUAUGAAAUUAUUCCAGGAUCACAGACAAAAAUCAAAAGAAAUUGGUUAUCCUAUAGUCAUGAACAUAACUCUUUAUUUUGUUCAAUAUGUUUAGUAUACUGCUCUAAAUCAUCAGCUUUUACUAGCGAUAGUGGAUUUAGCAGAUGGAUUCAUGUUUAUGAGCGUAUUAAAGAUCACGAAGAGUCAAAAAACCAUAGAGAAGCGUCAAAAUGUUUCAUGGCUGAUCAAUGUGGUAAAAGUGUUGAUGAAUUAAUAGAAAGAGUGCAGUGGGUUCAGAGGGAAAAUGAAGUGAUGAAGAGAAGAAGAGUAGCUCAAAUAAUUAUUGAUAUUGUUAAAGUAAUUGGAAAACAAGGAUUACCUUUCAGAGGAUUCAGAUAUGAGUCUGCUUACGAUUUAAAAAAUAUAUCAGUAAAUCAUGGGAAUUUUUUGGAAAUAGUAUUAUUGAUAGCAAAGUCGAAUGUAGAAUUAAGUGAUCAUAUUACUAAGGCAAUAGUUGAAAGUGAAAAGAAGUUGAAAAGAGGUAAAUCUGGUAGAGGAAAUUUGUUUACUUUUUUAAGUCACAAGACUGUAACAAAUGAAAUUCAAACUAUUGGCGAAUUAUUGUUGUCUAAGAUAUCUAAAGAAGUUAAUGUGGCUAACAACUAUUCCAUUACAAUGGAUACAACUAUGGAUGUUUCAACUCAUGAUCAAUGUGUAAUUGUUUUGCGAUAUUUGAAAGAGAAUGUCGAAAAUGAAAAAUCUUCAGUAGAAAUUAAGGAAAGAGUUAUAGCUUUGAAAAAAAUUAGAUAA